UAGGAUUAGGAGCUGUACAAAGAGAUCUAUUCCCUCCCCCAUCCUCUCUCAACACUGUAGCCAGUACAUUGCUCCGACCCGAGAUGAGAGGAGGAUGCGUUUCAACACUCAGAUUCAAUAACAUAACUUCAAUUCGCAUGUCAGGAUGCAUACACGUGGAUAUCUUUGGAGUUACAGCAAGUUCAUCUUUGAUGGAUUUUUAUAUUGUCGUCUUUAUUCGAAAUGAUAUGUCGGUGGGAAAUAACGUCCUGUUGUAAGGGACCGAGGAUGACAAAGAGAAUGGGAUACGGAGACUGGAGAUGGCAGGCGCUUUGGUGGCAUCAUUUCUUUCUCUUGUGGAGUACAACAGACGGACAGACGCGUUACAGCAUCCCGGAGGAGCUGGAGCGAGGCUCUGUGGUAGGAAAUCUAGCCAAAGAUCUUGGUUUGGGACUGUCUGAGAUUUUCGAUCGCAAGCUGCGAGUCGCCUCUGAGGCUGAUGAGCAGUAUUUCAGCGUGGAUGCGGGGAAGGGCGAGCUGGUGGUGAAUGACAGAAUAGACAGAGAGGCUCUAUGUGGACAAAGCGCCAGCUGUGUUCUACCUCUGCAAGUUGUAAUAGAGAACCCGUUACAGUUAAACCGGAUAGAAGUGGAAAUAAGAGACGUGAACGACAACGCUCCUCGUUUUCUCAAAAGCGAUCAUAUAAUAGAAAUAGCUGAAUCCACCGUUGUAGGUGUGCGUUUUCCCUUAGAGAGCGCAGAGGAUCCCGAUGUUGGGAGUAACGGAUUGAAGACGUACACUCUAAGCAAAGACGAUUGCUUCAUUUUAAAAGUAAAAGAAAUUGAAAAUGGAAGAAAGUUACCCGAAUUAGUUUUAAAUAAAUCAUUAGAUCGGGAGAAAAAGGCGAUUCACAAUUUAUUUCUCACUGCUAUGGACGGAGGAAACCCGGUCAAAUCCGGAACUUCAAAAAUAACUAUAACAGUUCUUGAUAUUAAUGAUAAUGUGCCAUUAUUCGAACAUAACGUUUAUAAAGUGGCUGUUCAAGAAAACAGUGCGAAUGGCUCGUUUUUAAUCACAACAAAAGCCACCGACAUAGACGAGGGUCCAAAUGGAGAAAUUGAGUACUCACUUGGCAUACACACACCACCAUCGGUGCUGUCGUUGUUUCAUAUCGAUGCUGUAACUGGAGAUAUAUAUUUGAAAAAACAGUUAGACCAUGAAGAUCAAACCUCGUAUCGAAUAGACAUAAGUGCGAAAGACAAAGGCUUUCCUAAGAUGGAGGCUCACUGCAGUGUGCAGGUGGAUGUCUUAGACGUAAAUGACAAUCCCCCAGAAAUACUGCUGACUUCAAAACCCACUUCUGUACCCGAAGACUCUCGCAGUGGCACAGUUGUUGCUUUGCUCAAAGUCAGAGACCUUGAUUCAGGGGAUAACAGUAAAGUGACUUUACAGCUUCCCAGAGGUUCUCCUUUUAUUUUAAAACCAUCAUUUUCUAACAAUUACGCACUGGUUACCAGUGGUACUUUAGACAGGGAGAGUUUCUUAGAAUAUAAUAUUGAAAUAACAGCCACUGACUCAGGCUCUCCUCCUCUGUCCAGUAAGAAAAUUAUACCAGUCAGCAUCACUGAUGUGAAUGACAACCCUCCUGUAUUCUCUCAGCCCUCCUAUAAUGUGUAUUUAAAGGAGAAUGGAGUACCAGGAUCUAUACUGUACUCAGUAUCAGCCUCUGACCUGGAUUUUGGUGAAAACGCUAAAAUCUCUUACUCUAUACUGGACUCUAAAGUGCAGGACGUUUCUGUCUCAUCGUAUGUUUACAUUAACUCAGAUAACGGCAGCAUCUACAGCAUGCACUCGUUUGACUAUGAGAAACUGAAGGUGUUUCAGAUUCAGGUUCAGGCAAAGGAUCAGGGCUCUCCGUCUCUCAGCAGCAACACCACCGUCCAUGUUUUUAUCCUGGACCAGAACGACAGCCCCGCUGUUAUUUACCCCUCCUCCGCUGCCCUGGUCCUCUCUCACCAGAGGAUGCCCCGCUCCGCUAAAGCGGGUCACCUGGUCACUAAGAUGACGGCCGUGGACGCGGACUCGGGCCAUAACGCCUGGAUCUCCUACAAAGUGGCGGAGGCCACAGACGCCUCUCUGUUCACUGUCAAUCUGUACACAGGGGAGGUGAGGACUAAACGCGCUGUGUCCGAGCAGGACGACUCCUCUCAGAGGCUGCUUAUAGAGAUCAAGGACGACGAGGCACCGGUCCAGUCCUCCACCGUCACGGUGUCCAUCCUGCUGGAGGACGGUCUCCAUGAGCCCAUCUUAGACCUCCGACAGAAAGUGUCCGAGCCCAGCAAGAAAACUGGGAGAAUAACCCUGUAUUUGAUUCUCUCUCUGGCCUCGGUGUCCGUGCUGUCUGUGGUGACUUUUCUCAUCUUAGCGGUUAAAUGCAUGAGGAGCAGCAGAAGCAGCGGUAGUUGCUGCAUGACACAGGGCGACUAUGAUGGUUACAAGAACCCCAACAGAAACCUGCAGAUUCAGCUCAACACUGAUGGACCCAUAAAGUACGUGGAGGUCAUGGGAGGAGACAUGUUGUCUCAGAGUCAGUCCUUCAGGUCCUGUAUGUCUCCAAUGUCCGAGUACAGUGAUUUCACUAUGAUUAAGCCCAGCAGCACCACUGACUUUAAGGAGGUGAUCAGUGUCCUGGAUGCGUCUUUACCCGACAGCACCUGGACCUUUGAGAGCCAGCAGGUGAGCAGAUAAUAGGACAUUUUGAUG